UUAGAGUGGGCGUAUUAGUGAACGAGGGAUUAAACCCAGUUUGUUUUGGAUUGGGAAGGGGGCAGCAGCCCGUGAGAGACAGCCGGUAGAACCCACCAGCAAACGCACGGACCCAAGAUGUACUCCCGGCUCUCUCCUGACACCCUGUUGCUUCCGCUGAUCGGCCUUACGUUCCUCUUCCUCCCCGCGGCGCACCCUGCAAAAUGCCCGAAGCAAUGUGUGUGCGACCAGAUUCAGCUCACCGUCACCUGCGUCAACAAGAACCUGACCGAGGUUCCUCCCACUGUGGACGAGAUUACAGUGAAAUUGGACCUUCGAGGGAAUGACAUCCAGGAACUCCCCACCGGAGCUUUCAGACAAACCCCGUACCUCACUCACCUAUCUCUGCAGCGCUGCAACAUCCGUAGGGUGAAGGAGGGAGCGUUCCGAGGCCUCGGCCGCCUGGUCUUCCUCAACCUGGCAAGCAACAACAUUGACAUCCUCUACCAGGAGUCCUUCGACGGUCUAUCCUCGCUGAAGCAGCUCAUGAUUGACCGGAACCGCGUUGAGGAGAUCCAGCCCGGAGCGUUCUCGCAGCUCGGCUUCCUCAACCUGCUCUCGCUUACGCACAACCAGCUCGUCUACAUCCCAAACAUGGCCUUCCAGGGCUUGCAGAACAUCAAGUGGCUUCGCCUCAGUCACAACUCUCUCAACUACUUGGACAUCGAAGCCUUUGCGGGCUUGUUCACGCUGAAUCGGCUCAGUCUGGACCACAACGAGCUGCAGUUUUUCCCAACCGAGACCAUGACCAGAUUGCCAGGAGUGACCCGCCUGGACAUGGGUUACAACCCCAUGACGUACCUGGGUGAGGAGUCCGUAUCGAUGGCCAAGCUGAGUCACCUCUUCCUGGACCACAUGUCCCUCCAGGACCUGGCCAACACGGCCGUAUCCAAGUCCCCCGGCCUCACCCACUUGGAUCUCAGCCACAACCAGCUCCGUGUCAUCCAACCGUUCUCGGAUGGCACCCCGAAUCUGGCACGGCUCCACCUGGCCGGAAACCCCAUUUACUGUAACUGCUACAUGCGUCCGCUCAGGUACCAGCAAGCCCCUCUCAGCACACCAAUCUCUCUGGACUCCACUCUGGAUUUUUAUUUUCCGCUGUGUUACAGGGAGUGGGCCAUCCGUAGUAAGGUGAAGCUGGUGGGAACAUGCGCGGGACCUUCACAUCUCUCCGGAGAAAUGCUGGAGGCCGUCCACCCUCCGGAGUUACGCUGUCAGACUCAGGAGGCCAUGCUGAAGGCGGAGUUUGAGGAAGCAAAUAGAAGAGCGCCGCCACCCACCGAGGAGCCGGAGAGCAAAGUCAAAUGUCCCGCAAAUUGCGUCUGUGAGAUCGAGGCGCACCAUUCCUCCUGUGAGAACCGCGGUCACACCAAAGUUCCUCGGGGUUUCUCUCCGGACACGCGCCUCCUGGACCUGCGCGGCAACAACUUCCACUACAUCCCGAGCAACAGCUUCCCCGGCGUGUCCCAGGUGGUGUCGCUGCACCUGCAGCGCUGCAAAAUCGUGGAGGUGGAGAACGGAGCCUUCAAUGGCAUGAAGGGCCUCAUUUACUUGUACCUCUCGGAAAAUCUCAUCUCAUCCCUCAGCCCUGAAGCAUUUAAAGGACUCCCUCAGCUGACUUACCUCCACCUGGAGAAGAACAACUUCAGCGUCUUCCCGAAAGGAGCCUUCAAAUUGCUUCCGGGACUACUUGCACUUCAUUUGGAAAACAACUCCAUUGCCAAGCUUGAGGCGAACGCCCUGAAUGGCGCCGAGAGCCUCAGAGCCCUCUACCUCACCGGGAACGCCGUUGACCACGUGUCACCUAAGGCUCUGGAGCAGGCCGCUGACCUCGAUACGCUCCACCUGGCAGGGAACAAACUAAAGGAAGUGCCCACUGAAGCCUUGAGCAAGUUGGGGAACGUGAAGGACCUGAGACUGUCAGGGAACGUCAUUCGCUGGGUGGGACCGAAUGCUUUCCAGCCGUUGGGGAACUCACUGAGGGAGCUUUAUUUGGAUCAUAUGGGAUUGGAGAAGAUGUCGCAGAAUUCCUUGGCAGGCUUAGGUCCGGGUUUGAGGAGUCUCUUCCUGGAGGGUAACCAACUGGAAGAGGUGCCGGACCUCCAUCCGCUCACCUCCUUGGAGGUCAUCAACCUGGCCGACAACCCUCUGAUGUGCGACUGCCCUCUGCUGCCACUACGCCUCUGGAUUGAGAAAGUCAACCUCAAGGUGCGAGCCACCUGUGCCAACCCGCCUGAGCUGAAGGGUCGCAGAGUCAAAGACGUCCAUGUUUUCAAGGCCUGUCCGGGAGGCGAAGCCCUCCCCUCUGUUCCCGGCAUUGCCCCGAAACGCGCCAAGACGCCGAAGGCCACGAAACCCAAGCCGGCGCACCUCGGCGGCAGUGUAAUGCAGGGUAAGAUGCUCAAAAGCAACUUCAAACUUCGCAAGAGUCCAAAGACGAAAGCAGCCAAGAAAACAAAGAGACUGAGCAAGGUGUGAACAUGCUGUGUGCUUACUAAACCAAAACUACACGUUUCAAGUUUGCAGUCUGUUCUCAGAUGAAAACAAGCAUUCAGUCAGUCUUCAUAGCCUUAGAUGCACAUUAUCAAUGACGGCCAUGUUUUGUUUGUUGUUUUUUUUCUUUCAACUUAAAUGAUCAGGAUCGUUAAUCAGGCUCCUUUAGAGGUUGCCGAUGAGCUGAUCACUUGAAUCCGGUACAUUGGAAGAGGGAAAACAUGCAGGAUAGCGGCCCCUCGAGGACCGAAGCUUGACACCUGCACGAGCAUUUGCAGUGGUCAUGAAUACAGAACUGACAAUUGGCCUCAUGCUGGCAAAACUGCACUGCGCAGAUUUGCAAAUACAUAUCGUCUCUCUGUGGGGUGCCUGCCCGCCCAUCAAGUGUGAAAUAAAACAUCCAAGUAA